AUGUUACCUCCAAACUCAGCCUUCAUUACACCAUCGGAAAGCAACUCUUGCGUUUCAUUCCUCAGCUGUGGGGAACAGUCGUCGUUUCACGGAGCUGCACUUCCUGUCUUCAGUCAACGCAAGACAGGCGAUGACAAUGGAGAUGAAAUGAAACCUAUCGAGGACUACCUUGCUUCCGAAAUGAAUAAACUCUCUGUACAAGAGCGGUCCAAAGCUCUCGACGAUAUGCAUUGUGUCAGAGAUGAGCUCGAGACCCCUGCAAUGAUUGAGAAAUCCCUUGCAGAGUUUGACGAAAUGCUUCAACGAAAAAAGAAUGUAAUCUAUGAGAUGGCUGAAAACCAAAAUAGCGAAUAUGUCUGGAAUCCAGAGAUCAUGUUUACACGAUGUCAGCAGCUCGGUUCAUCAGAUGCUGAAUUUCCUGCAACAUAA